UCUCUCUCUCUUUGUAGUCACAUAAAUCUCAGAUACUUCAACACACAUUCUACUAUAGAGAGAGAGAGGGUGGUUUUUGUUUCGUUUUGUUGCUAUCUCUCUCCUUUUUUUUUUUUUACAGCUCAAUCUGCAUUUCUCUCUCUUUCUUUCUCUGUGUUUGCAUCUCAGAUCCCGAACCCCAACGGUAUAUCUUUUCUUUCUUCUGCAGCCUCUAGAUGUUAUUACCACCCAAAUAACAAUAUGUUCAGAGGAGGCAUUCCCGAGCUUCGUGCGUCAGAUGAUUUAUAGUAGCUGUAUACUCAACCACCAGGGCCACUAUGGGCAUCUGUCUGAUGAAAUGGCAAAAACUGUCGCUUCUUUGCAUUCUACUGAUUUAUAUCCUAAUGAGCAACAGUAGAGCUCUCAGUCCUGAUGGUGAGGCACUUCUAAGGUUCAGGACAGCAGUUGUUAGUUCAGAUGGAGUCCUUCAACAAUGGAGACCAGAAGAUCCUGACCCAUGUAAUUGGAAGGGGGUGAAAUGUGAUGUGAAAACAAUGAGGGUAACAUACUUGCGUCUUCCUUAUCACAAAUUGAGUGGUUCUCUAUCACCUGAUCUUGGGAAGCUAGACCAGUUGAAGUUUUUAGCUCUGCAUGACAACAAUUUUUAUGGGACAAUUCCUUCAGAAUUGGGAAACUGCACACAGUUGCAGGCAAUAUUCUUGCAGGGAAAUUACAUGAGCGGAACUAUUCCCAGCGAACUGGGAAACAUUUCAGAGCUUGAACAUUUAGACAUUUCAAGCAACUCUCUGAGUGGAUAUAUCCCUGCAUCACUUGGGAAGUUGAAUAAGCUUGUUAAUUUCAAUGUGUCAACCAAUUUUCUUAUGGGACCAAUACCCUCUGAUGGUGUGCUUCUCACCUUUACAGGAAGUUCUUUUGUUGGCAACCGUGGUUUGUGUGGGAAGCAAAUCAAUGUGACAUGCAAGGAUGAUGCUGGAGGACCUGGAACAAAUUCCCAAUCUCCAACCUCAGCCCAAGGUCUGGGUGUUAAAAAGAAAUACUCCGGGCGGCUGCUUAUAAGUGCCUCAGCAACAGUUGGUGCCCUACUUCUGGUUGCACUUAUGUGUUUUUGGGGUUGCUUUCUGUACAAAAAGUUCGGUAAAAAUGAUGGUCAAAGUCUUGCAAUGGAUGUCAGUGGAGGUGCAUCAAUUGUAAUGUUUCAUGGAGACUUGCCAUACUCUUCAAAAGACAUCAUAAAGAAAUUGGAAAGUUUAAAUGAGGAACACAUUAUAGGUUUGGGGGGCUUUGGAACAGUGUACAAGCUUGCAAUGGAUGAUGGCAAUAUAUUUGCGUUGAAGAGAAUUGUAAAGAUGAAUGAGGGCUUUGAUCGUUUUUUUGAGAGAGAGCUAGAAAUUCUUGGAAGCAUAAAACACCGGUACCUAGUGAAUUUGCGAGGUUAUUGCAACUCUCCUACAUCAAAAUAUUUAAUUUAUGAUUUCCUACCUGGCGGUAGCCUUGACGAAGCUCUUCACGAUAGAUCUGAUCUGCUAGACUGGGAUGCACGCUUGAAUAUCAUAAUGGGUGCUGCAAAAGGACUGGCCUACUUGCACCAUGAUUGUUCACCCAGGAUCAUACAUAGAGAUAUAAAGUCAAGCAAUAUUUUGCUUGAUGGUAAUCUUGAAGCUCGAGUCUCGGACUUUGGACUUGCAAAACUAUUGGAGGACGAAGAAACCCAUAAAACGACCAUUGUUGCUGGAACUUUUGGUUAUCUGGCUCCAGAGUAUAUGCAAAGCGGGAGAGCAACUGAGAAGACUGAUGUAUAUAGUUUUGGGGUCCUGGUGCUGGAAGUGUUGAGUGGAAAGCGACCAACAGAUGCAUCAUUUAUUGAGAAGGGCCUCAAUGUUGUUGGUUGGUUAAAUUUUCUGGUCACAGAGAAUAGGCAAAGAGAGAUUGUUGACCCACAGUGUGAGGGGGUGCAGGCAGAAAGUCUUGAUGCACUGCUCUCAGUUGCCAUUCAGUGUGUUUCUUCUAAUCCAGAGGAUCGCCCCACAAUGCAUAGGGUGGUCCAGUUGCUUGAAUCAGAGGUCAUGACCCCAUGCCCAAGUGACUUCUAUGAUUCCAACUCUGAUUGAAAGUCUUGUGCAUAGAUGGAGGUGUGGAGUUUGCGUCCAUGUAUUUCUUGCGAGUUACAGAAGUAAUGCAGCAGUUCAAAGGGAUCAGAAUCAGCAAAGCGUCACUUCUUUAUAAUAUUUGUUCAUUCUUUCUGCAGAUUUUGAGUCAUUGGGCGUGCUGCAUCAUCUAUGUCCGUUUGACCUUCUGAGCAUUUCGUCAGUCAUCAGGGUGCAUUUGGCCACUUACACUGCUCAUUUUGCAUGGAUGCGCGAAGACUUUUCUUUCUUCACGUGAAUGGAUUUCAACACGAUUGAUUUAUUCAUGCUUUCCCCAGCCUCCCCCCCUUCUUUUCCCAUUUCCUAAUCUGUAAUCUCCUCUAGCAUUUGUUCCUCGAAAUUAAGUGUAAAUGAAAUCUGUAAAAAUUGAACAGGGCUCCCCCUUGCAAAUGAUUCUUGUUUAUGCCAUUUUUGUAAAAUAUGUUUUCAAUACAAUAAUUAGUUCUCUGAUAUACAUGCACACUUGGUGUUACUCUCU